AGCAAGUCAGGGUUUCCAGUUUCCAAACCUGAUGUGAUCUCCCAGCUGGAAAAAGGGGAAGAGCCCUGGGUCUCAGAAAUCCAGGACUCAGAGGAACAAGGGAUCCUGAGAGGUGCCUGCACAGCAGGUGAUGAGAUGGUGAGUGAGAAGGAGGGUCAGAAUCUUCAGCAGAUGGAUGCUGAGCAAGUGGAACCACACAGGAUGUUAUUGCAGAGAUUCAAAGGGAAUGUGUCCAGACGUCUUGAGGAAGGAAAACUGUAUGAGAGUCAGCACAGGCCAGAGAGCCAGCCAGGGGAGAAAGAGGGUAAAUCCAUUACUUGUCAGGCAACUCACAAAGACCUCAGGGGAACCACAGGACAGCACACAAACCUCACAGAAGAGGGAAAAAACACAUGCACUGAGUGUGGGAAAAACUUCCGAGGACGCUCAGGCCUUAGUAAUCAUAAGAGAAUCCAUACGGGAGAGAGACCCUAUGAAUGCAGUGAGUGCGGGAAAACCUUCACUCAGAGUUCUCACCUCAUUAGACAUGAGAGAAUCCACACUCGGGAGAGACCCUACGAAUGCUGUGAGUGCAGGAAAAGCUUCACUCGGAACUCAGACCUUAUUACACAUCAGAGAAUUCACACAGGGGAGCGGCCCUACAUAUGCUCUGUGUGUGGGAAAACCUUCGCUCAGCGCUCAGCCCUUACUAAACAUCAGAGGAUCCACACUGGGGAGAGACCCUAUGAAUGCAGCGAGUGUGGGAAAAGCUAUACUCGGAGCUCAGACCUUAUUACACAUCAAAGAAUCCACACAGGGGAGAGACCCUAUGAAUGCAGUGAGUGUGGGAAAACCUUUACUUGGCGCUCAGCCCUUACUACACAUCAGAGUAUCCACACAGGGGAGAGACCCUAUGAAUGCAGAGAGUGUGGGGAAACCUUUGCUCAGCGCUCAGCUCAUAUUAGACACCAGAAAAUCCAUGCAGGGGAGAGGCCCUAUGAAUGCUGUGAGUGUAGGAAAAGCUUUACUGAGAGCUCACACCUCAUCACACAUCAGCAAAUCCACACAGGAGAGAAGCCCUACGAAUGCUGUGAGUGUGGGAAACGCUUCAGUCAGAGCUCAUACCUUACUAAACAUCAGAGAAUCCACACGGGAGAGAGACCCUAUCAAUGCCGUGAGUGCGGGAAAAGCUUCACUGAGAGUUCACACCUUAUUACACAUCAGAGAAUCCACGCAGGCGGGCGCUGCCAUGAAUGCAGUGAGUGUGGGAAAAGCUUCGCUGAGCACUCAACCCUCACUAAACAUCAGCGCAUCCACACAAGAGAGAAACACCAUCAGUGCACUGAGUGCGGGAAAACCUUCUCUCGACGCUCACAUCUCAUGAAUCAUGGGAGAAUCCACACCGGGGAGAGACCCUAUGAAUGCAGCGAGUGCGGGAAAACCUUCACUUGGCACUCAGCCCUUAGACAUCAGAGAAUCCACAGUGGGGAGAGACCCUAUGAAUGCAGCGAGUGCGGGAAAUGCUUUACUGAGAGCUCACAACUUGCUAGGCAUCAGAAAGUCCACAAGGGAAAUGAUAAACCAUAAAAACCAUAUCCAGGGCUCACAAAUGAUUUUUUCCCCUUUAAUACUUUUUCCUAAUUCUGACAUCAAGACCUUUAAGGCUGCCUGCACCAUUUGCUUCACCAUGGUCCCUCAGCACCCAAUGUGGUUUCCCAUUUUUGUUUUUUACAGCUUGCCCUUCUUUGGGAUGAAUCUCGUGGGCCUUUCUGUAAAACUCCAUAGUCCUAUGACUCAUGGGAAUGUGUGUCCCUCCUGCCAGGAAUGUCAGUCAGCUCAAGGUGUGGGAGAUACGGGUCUAGCUAUAUCAACAUAAAAUCUACCCGGGCUUCAUCCCCAGUAGGAUUUUCCAUGGAGUUAGGUAGCUUUCAUUAGCUAUCCUGAUGUAAAAGCCCAACUAUUCUUACAGUAAUGACAUAGACCAUGUCUAGGGUUAUCGAGCUCAUUUCCUUAUGACCUGACCCAGCCUCCAUCUCCUAGUCAAAGCCAAUCUGGAGCAUCACAUUUAUACUCUUCCUCCACUGCAAAGUGACUGUUAAAGCCACGGAGUUCACCCUCUGGAACAGAUCAUCUCAUUCCCAGUUGUUCACACAUUGGAUUUGGGUGUGCUCAAGAUGCUUUGUACCCAUUUAAAAUACAUUUAAAUAUAACAAAGAGCAGAAGCAGGGUGGGGGAAAGUGAGGUUUCAGCCUCUGUGGCACCUGAAGGGGAUGGGUGAUUCGCAGGGAUUCCCUCCUGCAGCAUCACCCCGGCUGUGUUACCUUCUAAGUUUAUCUUCUUCACUUUCUGCCUGUCCACCUCCCAGAAUGUCACUUGAUGCAGUGUCCUCAGCUCUCAGAGGCUAAUACACUUGAAGUCUAGAAAGGAGCUGUGACGCUAUCAGGUUGCCAGCUCAGACCAAGGCAGCAGCCUAAUUCACUCACAUGUGAAGAGAAAUCAACGGAGUGUCAAAAGGUAUCGUACUGUGAUCAGGCCAAUUCACUUCUGUGUUGGUAUAUUUCAGAGGAAAUGUAAUGUUAUUGUUCUUGCUUAUCCAUAAACCUGUUGAUUGCUAUAACCUUACAUUAUCUAUGCCCCUAUACCUAAUUAACCCUAGACCAAAAGUAUGUGUUUGUAUUAGGAUGAGAAUGUACUUGAUGUGUAAACUUCAUUUCAACUAAUGAAAGAUUGCUUGGAAUGCUCAAAUGAAUGCAUAAUGGUACUAUUCUUGCAUCGGGAUUGGAGCCUUGGAGCGGUAAAUGAAGAAGCAUGCUGACGUCAAAGCAUGGGUCAUUGUGUUUGACACUGGGAAAUCUACAAACUUAGCCCUGGUCCACACUACACAGUUAUGUCAUCAUAAGGCAGCUUAUGUUGACCUAACUAGGUCAGUGUACGCACUACGGCCUUGCUCCUGCCAAUGUAAAGGCCCUACUACACUGACAUAAUAAAUUCACCUCCAUGAGAAACACAGGGUUUAUGUAGUUAGGGUGACACAGUAUCAGUGUAGACACUGUGUUACUUACAUCGGCUCUUGGCUUACAUCCGCUGGUGCCAUGAAAUUGAUAAGAAGGCCCGGCUCCCCAGCCAGGCUGCUGUCAGGUCUCUGCUCCAAGCCAGGCUGACACCCAGGCUCCCAAUUUUGGCUGCCACUCAAACUCCCCGCUGGGAGCCCUGUGCCCCCUCCCUCCCCCCGGGCUCUCAGUUCCCCAUGGGAGCACAGCAGAU